GACAGAUUGCAUUUUUUGUAGACACGGGCACAAGUGUUCGCUUGUGUGUUUUUCGCUAAAUGCUAGUUUUUAGCUUAUAAUUUCCUUCCGUCGGAUGCCAAGUUGGGGCAGUUUUGGGGCCCGUGCCAUCUCGCUACCAAGCAAAGGGAGUGUGUGUUAUUCGCCGACUUGAAAGGAUCUGUGUGGCGGUGAAGGGGGGAUAUUGCGUGUUUUUUUGAUCUUCACUGUUUUCUGUGCGUGAUAAAGUGAUUUAGUAGGGAAGUUUGUAUGGUGCGACUAACGUUGCCUCAUCCGAAAAGGCGACACAGUACGGGUGUCCUUAGCUGCACUGUUCCCUCUCCUUUCCUGUGAGUGCGUGGUGCCAAGUCUGUUGUGUGUGUGUGCGCUAAAAGGUGCUUUACCGAAGUGUGUUCUGUGCGUGCGUGCUUGUGUGUGUGUGUGCGAGUGUGUGUCUUUUAGCUUCCCUGCAUAUCUGACCAACGCCGACAGUUUGUGUCGAUGUGUCCUGGGAUAGUGGAAUAAUGAAACCUAGCUUAUGCUACACCUACUGCACGCUGUUACUGGUGUCGCUCGUUUCCAGUUGCACACUGUUCCUCAUAGUGGCUUCGGAGAAGCUGAAGCCAACUACUGACGAUCAGCUGCAGCAGCAUGGUGCCGGAACACGGGAACCGCUAGAUGGAAGCAACCUGGUGCAACAACAUACUGACGGUGCUGGCGAACGGUUGCCCCCGAACGGCGGUGUAAACGAAGCAAAGGAAGCCUUUCCCCACAAACGGGUGCUUUCGAGUGGGAACGGCACACCGCCCGGACAUGUGCGGAGUAAAAACGGUCCUGGGGAGGAAGGAAAUGGAGCGAAACCUCUCAAAAGGCCCGCACCGGGACGGGCUGGUGGAAGGAAUACGCUCAAGAAAGACAUCCUCACAGCAAAGCCGCACCAGCAGCAGCCGCAGGAAGAGCCACCGGAUCUAAAGGAUGUAAUAUUUUUGGAAACCAUCUCCAAAAACGUUGGCGUUACUAAUAGCGGAUUACAAGACAUUCCAGGUCCACCAUCGAUCAUCACGCUGGUGGACAAUCAGCACCACGAGUUGAACAAUAUCGAGAGCAAGUUGGAGGAGAACUUGGAGGCAACGUUGAAGAAUCUAUCGCACAACAAUGUGCACACUGUUCAAACGACGGUUCCACUGCACGGCAACGAUCACGGACAGUUGGCCGGCGAGGAAGAGGCUCCUGCCAACGGAACAACAGCCGUCGAUCAGCAGGAUCUUUCAAUCGGCGACGGCCAAGAGAACGAACAGCCGUUGCUAGUGAUGAUCCCCGCGAAAGACCCAACCGAGGGACCCGCUAGUAGUAGUACACCUUCUGGCGAACCCGCUGUAACGCAAGAAACUACAGCCGAAGCAACGCUUACCGAUGCAACAGCUCCCACCGUGCUGUCACCAUCGAAGCAGCUCGAGGUGAACCUAACGGAGGAAAACCCAAUGCCCGUGUUUAGCGAGUGGGCCCAGAAACAGAUGGCCGAGGCGGAGAAGAAGCUCGGCGAGGUGGUCAAUGCGUCCGCGAUGAAGAAGGGCACCAAACCGGCCGGCAGCAAGGCGGGCACCGGCUCGAUGAAGCUGCGCGCCAAAAACUACGCUGCCCCGGAGUGUGGCGCAAAGAUUAUUGCCUCCAACCCGGAAGCGCAGAGUACGGGUUCGGUGCUUACCGCACCGAAGGACGAGUAUCUGCUAAACCCGUGCACGAGCAAGAUUUGGUUCGUGGUGGAGCUGUGCGAACCGGUGCAGGCGGAACGCAUCGAGCUGGCCAACUUUGAGCUGUUUUCGUCCUCGCCGAAAGAGUUUAGCGUGUCGGUAAGCAAUCGCUUUCCGACGCGCGAUUGGGCGAACGUGGGCCAGUUCACGGCCAAAGACGAGCGGGACGUGCAGAGCUUUCUGCUGCAUCCGCAUCUGUUCGGGAAGUUUGUGCGGGUCGAGAUUCUGUCGCACUACAACCAGGAACACUUCUGUCCGGUUUCGCUGUUCCGUGUGUACGGUACGUCGGAGUUUGAAGCGUUCGAGACGGACAACACACCGUUGCAGCCGGACGAGGACGAUGAUGAUGAUGAGCUGGUGGCGGUAUUGGGUGGAGUAGGAGUGGGCAAGGAUCCUGUUACGGAUAAAAGUAAGCCCGUGGCCGGAGGGGAAGGAACGCUUGCGGACAAACGAUUCGUGAUCAACGGUGGCGUGGCGCAGCGGGACGGUCAAACGGUAGAGCCGCAGCAAGGCGUCGACGCGACGACGGGAGCUCCGAAAGGAGGCAAAAAUCCAAACAACAUUCUAAAAUCCGCCGGUGAGGUGGUGAUGAACAUGGUGAAGAAAGCGGCCGAAGCGCUCGGUAAAAGCGGCAACGAAAGUAACGAUGCGGCCACACCGGGAAGUCAUCCGUCGCCGGGGGGGAAAAUACCACUGACGGACGUGCUGACCGGCCUGCCAUCGCCAGCCUCACCUUCCUGUGUUACACUAGCUUAUACGAUACGUUGCGUUAACUGCACCGACCAUUUCCGGGCUCGGCUCGAGUCCUUGAUGAAUUGCAAACACAAUCUUCUCACUAGUCUACUAGGGGUGGCGCGAAUCGAGCACGCGUUCGAUUCCGCCCAGCAUUUUCUAUGUGCCAACGUGUUAGGAUUUAACUUACCGCGGUCGCUGCAGGGCGAGAGCGAGGGUGCGGGCGAGCUGGUGACGGUGUACCCUUCCGUCUGCUUGAAUAUGCGCUACAGCGUGCUGAACCUGCUGCCGGACGAGCUGGUGGCCGGGCUUUGCAAUACGGUGGCGUUUGAUCUGAAGCUGCUGGCGAAGGUGGAGGCUAGCGAUGCGGAGGGCCGUGAAAUUGAUGGAAGUGUGGUGGCUGGUGUUGAUGGGCCUAGCCAGAAUGCGUUGGAUCUACCACAGGGCGAACAUACCAAGCAGGGAGAGCAUCAUCAGCAGCAUCAGGUGGAGCAAACGCUAGACGUUGAAACGACUGCGCAAAAUGGCAAUGAGAAGGGAGAGCAGCAGGAACAAAAUGCCGUUCAGGAAGACAGUGAAAAGGGAUCACCACCUGGAGAUGCUGCAAUUGAUCCAUCUGGUAGUGAAAAUGCGUCCAAAGAGGAUGUGAACAUGUUUGCUACCGAACCGACGCCUCCUGCUGCAACCCCAGCCGAACCGGAACGGGAUGAAGCGUCUCAAAAUGUGGAUGGACAGAAGGAACAGGAGCAACAACAGCAGCAGGAAGACUUUGCCAACAAUCAACAUUGGGAAACGAUCGACGAUCAGUCCGAAAUGGCUGGAACGGGCCCGUCCGGAAGUGGAGCGUUCACGACAGGUCCCGCUGCUACCACGGUCACCCCAGGAAUGGCCACUGGACAGCAGAAAGUGCAGCCGGAAAGCGUUUUUCUUCGCUUAUCGAAUAGAAUAAAGGCGCUCGAGCGUAACAUGAGCCUCUCGGGACAGUAUCUGGAGGAGCUGAGCCGCCGCUACCGGAAGCAGGUGGAAGAGCUGCAGCAUUCGUACGCGAAAACGUUGCACGAGAUCCAGGAACAGAACCAGCGGAUGGCCGACAGCGAAACGAAGCUGCGCGAGGUGAACGAACGCUUGCGGCAGGAGCUGGUAGACUUUCAAGCGACGGCUACCGAUUGGCGCAACAUUGCGCUGGCCGUGCUGACGAUGAUCGUACUGAUGCUGUUCACACUACUCGCAAUGGUCAGGUCGGUAGCGAGGAGUGUGAAUCGUCUUACAGCGGGCCAUCCGUUGGAAGGGCAGCAUCAGCAGCAACAGCACCCGGUACCGCUCCCGAAAAGCGUUAUCGAUCGUGAACUGGCCCAGGUGGGUUCGGACGCCAAACCAAUCCGCGGGCGCAUGCUGCGACGCAAAUCCAUCGACGGAAUGCCGACGAGCGGUGGCUCGGUAGAUUUAACCGGCAGUACGGUCAGCAGCGCAUCGGGCAUCAUUAUUGCAACGGCUGAACCGUCCACAGUUGCCACGAGCUUAUCGCCGGGCCGGUUGCGCAAAAAGCGCCCGAGCGAGGAGGCACUUAACAUAAGCGGCACGUACGUGAAUCUGCUGAUCGAUGACGAUGCGAGGGAAGUGGGAGUGCCGCCACAUCCGUCAUCCGUGCCCCCGCUGGCUAUGGAGCGGAAAAAGUCAAAACAAAAGCACCGCAAAGUGUCAGCACCGUCGAUGAUGGGCGUCAUUAGCAGCUCGACACCGUUGGCGACCGGACAGGGCGUUGCAUUUUCUAGUCACGAACCAGCGAAACGUUCCCUGUCGAUGAUCGAAGCGAGACAGAUGGUGAAUGGUGGCGGACAGCAAACACCGGAGAAGGACACAAGCAGCCGUAUCGAUGAGUUGCCCUACCUGGAAGAUAACGACGAGUUUAUCAUACCCACGGCAAGCGACCUGUCGUACGACGAGUAUAUGCCCGGCUCGAACGCUUCCACGGCGGAGGCCGGACUGACGCCGAACGAAAUGGAGAUGCGAAAGAUGAAUGGAACGGCCAACACCGCCGCCACCACCAUGACCACGCUGUCCGAUAGGAACGGUAGCAGCGGGAUGUCACCGAGCGGGGAAGACUCGCUCGAUGGGGCGGUUCAGCAGAAAGUCGCGACAAAGUCAUCGCGACGCCUUUCGUCGCCUGCAUUUUUCAAAAGCUCGCUGCUACGGUCAAGCCUUGGCUCGAAAAAGCAUCGCUCGGCCAAGAAAGCUUCGGCCGCCAACGGGAGUGGUGGUAGCAGUAGUAGUGGUGGUAGUAGUGCCAACACUAGCAGCAAUAGCAGUAACAGUUCCAACACAAGUUCCGCACUGCGCGAGCUCGGUGCCGGCGAUGCGGGAAUGAGUGAAAGCGCCCGCGGCAACGUGCAGGACAGCAGCUGGUACCGCUGGUGGUCGUCGGAGCAGAGCAAAGGGGUGCUGUCCUCCCCCUCGCCGGCAUCUAGUCAGGAGGUGGCUGCAUCUCCGGAAGGUAAGCAGCAGCAACGCCAAAGGAUAGGUAAAGCCAAAUCAGCCAGCCCGUCGGACGGGGCCAGCUCCAAGCUGCUGCUGCUGGGCGAAAGUCCGGUAAAGCUGUCCGUCUCGUUCAACGGUGACCUGCCGGCGAAUGGUGGUAGUGGUGGUGUGUUGGAGCGGAAAUCUAGCCGGGGCAGUAUACGGCGAUUGUUCCGGAAGGUGUUCUGAGGACUGUCGAUUAAGUAGAAGUGUAUGCAUUAGGCUCGAUAUUAUACACAUACAAGAUAAACUAUCAUUAAAAUAGACUGACGCUGCCCUCCCCCCUUUUUUGCACCAUUAUUUGGAAAAGGCGGUGGGGUGAAUGUUUUGAAAAAGCAUCCGUGAAAGCCAUUAGUAGCACAGGGUGGCCGACUUUCCACGGGAGCCCAGCGCGAGCUCUGGUAGGGAACAGUGUGUGUGUGCGUGGUAGAUGUUUUAGUUUUAGCCUACUUUGUGGCAAACACACACACGCACACGUGGUGGUGAUCACUUUGAAGAAGGCGAAGGAGUAAUUAGAGUAUAUUUGAAAAUGGUUCCUUUCUGUUUCUCUCAACCUAGUAGGCCCGCCACUGGCGCUCGUCUGUUUGUAUCGUUUCUUACCUUUGUUGUAUAUUACUUCUGUCUCUUAUUUAUGUUUGAUGUCUAUGUAACACCAUCUCUGCUUGAUGGGACGAGGCGGCGAGAAAACGGUUAAUUUAAAUAGUAAGUGUAGAAUGAAGAGCGAAAAAAAACACAAGAACCACUGUCGCCGUUAAUAUUAACUGUACUGUAGCUCUGUGUCACAUAUUAGAGGGCGUGUAAGGUAGAACCGCGUUCGUUCAGCGAGAACCGGCUAUUGUUUCCUUUUCCCAUCCCGCUUCGAAAGCAUUUUUUGAAAAUGUGUCCUUAUAAAUUAUUUCAAUUGUUUGUGCAAGAAAAAAAGCUCUCCCACGUGGCUUACAGGGUUUUCCAGGAGUUCUCAUAGUUUUCAUAGAGUUCUCAAUUGGGAAUUGGACUCUAUAGCACCAUUGUUGGAAAAUUCCAGUAAGAUUUUUCAAUGAGUCUGGCCAUAAAAUCCAAUUUCCAACAUAUGAAGUUCACUUCCAAUAGGAAAGAAUCAAGGAAAUGUCCCACAGUUAUGAGAACCACCGCGGAAACCCUGUACGACUGUUUUCUUUCAAAUUGAUGUUAAUUGGAUGGUAUGUUUUAAAACGUUAAGCGUUAUUGGGCCAGUAUUGUGUGUUUUUUUUAAAGAAAAUUAAUUAAAAAGAGGAUAAAAAUGAGAACUGUUUAGGCAAUUUAAAACCCUUCUGUUAGCGAAUUAAACCAAAAAAAAUUAGUGUUACCAAAAUUCAAAACCACAAAACCCCCCUCCGCCCUCCCCCCCCUUCUAUUGGAAACACAAUGGCGCCAUUAAUGGUGAUAACACCACCGUAUGCAUGUUUAACCGCACACGUACGCUAAGCGUUUUCCUGUGCCGCACACUAUUAGAAAAAAAAAUCGUUUUGAUGUACCAGUUCCACUAGUAGGUGUUAAAUGGGGCAUUAUAAUCACAAAAAAAAAGAAUCGAGUUUGUUAUGGAGAAAGGCGGAAAAACAAGUUGCAAUAUUGCGAUCGUGUGAAUUAGUAGGAAAUUGUCCCCUUUUUUUGCUUUUUCACGGUACAUACAGAAACGGUAAUUGCGGUCAUUUGAAGGUAAAAUUAGUGGAAAAGGUGGAAAAUGGGGAUGAGCAACACUACCGUUGAAACGUGCAAGUAGUUCAGCCGAAAUAAAUUAUUUUGUUAUCAAUAGAA